AUUAUGUGAACAUAUUGAAGGAACGGGCAGCAUAGCGAUUGCCGAAUGUUUAGGUCUCGAUAAAUCAAAGUUCACUUCAACACCGAGCAAUAAUGCAUAUCAUGCAUAUAGCUCUCAAAUUACUGAUGAGGAGCGCUUUAAAAACGUCGACAAAUUGAUGAUAAAAUGUAUUCAUUGUCAACAGUCAUAUGCAUUUGAAGGAUUCAAUUCUAUAACGGGUCACCUGUUGGAUGAAACUGGAUUUUACUGUGGCAAUCCCAAUUGCAUGAAAGCACUACCAAUUUCAUCAAUACUUGCACAACUUACUUGCAGUAUUCGACUUCAUAUUAAAAAAUUUUACGACGGCUGGAAUAUAUGCGAAGAUCCCACGUGUGGAUAUCGAACAAGAAAUAUAACGAGAAAGAGAUGUAUUCAAGGAUGCCAUGGAAAAAUGUUGGCUGAGUUUUCUGAGUAUAGAUUAUUUAAUCAACUUACUUAUUAUGCACAUUUAUUUGAUGUGGAGAAAAUCGAGAAUACGUCACAACCUG